GUCAAAAAUCUGAAUGUUCCCUGCUCUAUGUCCACACCAGGGCUGCCGACAUAACAAAACCAUGUUGUCUCGAAACGUUUUGAUAUUUUCAGCAGUGAUGUGUUUGGCAGCGGUUACGGCAGCUGCUCCUGUUGAAGAGAAAGAAGCGGAGGAAUCUGAUAUUGAACGAGAAGAGGGUGAAGAAGAGCUGUCUGAAGAGGAGGAAGAUGAUGAUGACUCCAAUAUUCAGGAUAUGAAUAUGGGAAUUGGAGGUCGGCAACCUUCCACGGCAUCAAAAGAUCGGGAUCCAUCUGGUCCACAAGAAGCCUCAUUGGAAGGUGACCCUAUAAACGGACAGAAACUGAUUGGAUCUAGACCGUCACAUGGGGGCAGCCAUGACGUAUCCGUCAUGGACUCAGCUGUGGAGGAAGGAAAUGGUGACAAUGGGGCGGACGCACUAGCUCUGGAUGCCGGCACUGCUUUUGACGGCGCGGUUGAACAUGCCAGUAUGGCCACUCAGCUGGAGCCCCCAGGAGGUGAACCAGGACAUAUUCCCAGCAUGAUGUCUGAGGUCCACAUGUUAGCAGAAGGGCCUCAUCAAAUGACACACCAAGCUGAGAUAUACUCCGCCGGGAGUGGACCCCCUUUGGGCUCCAGCUCUCAUGGGGAUCUUACAGGUGCGGAGGCGAACGGUUCGGAAGGCCCAGAAACGGAGUCCAAUGGAAACAACCAUAAGCUGCUGGUAGGGGGGUCGUUGGCUGGACACGCAGUCUCUGAUCUUCCCCUGGCUGAUACCUUCUAUGGCGGAUAUCCAGAUAUAACAGACCAUUAUAUUUCUGACCCCAAUAUGGACUUGUCAGUCCUUGGCCUCACUCCAGGAGAGCCCGCUGGUAGCAAUGCUCAGUCACAUGCUGCAGGUGGUUUCACUGGGAAUGACGCCCUCACUGAAAGACUGGGACUUGCUGGAGACCUGGGCAUUCCACAGAUGGCCUCUACAGCCCAUCCAUCAGAAGGCUCCAGAAUUCCAGGCAGUUUUAGUGACCAUUUCCACUCCAUUAGUUAUACUGACGGUGGGGAUCACGCUGCUGUGACUGGUGUCCAUGGUGCCACGACAGAUCCGCAUGCAGAAAUGGCCAUGAUAUCACAUACCGAAUAUCUGAGUACACAUGAUCCAGAGGGUGGCUCUGAUGUAGUGCAUAUAGAGUCAUCAAAUCCCAAUGGAAAUGGUCGCCAAAGACCGAUCACAGAGAUGCACAAUAGAGGAGAUCAGCCUUUCACUGACCAUCAUGACAGAAUAAGUGACCUGCACAGCGCUUCACAUCUCAGUUCAGCAGGUGGAGGGAGUCCGCACGUCAAUCCUCACACGGGCACCGAUGUGGCCCCGAUCGCAGGAGAGAUGAGUUCACUGAAUGCACUUUCUCACAUGGACCAUUCAGGUUUGAGUGGAGAACCUGUGACCAGUUCCCACCUACAGCUGGAAGUAACUGCUCCAGGCUCUGCAUUCAGCUCCAGCACACCAGAUAUAGCCUUCAGUGGAGAACCCGUGACCAGCAACCAAAUAAAUUCCACAGGGGGGGCAGAGCUGCACGGUGUGCUCUUUCAGACUGGAUCCCCAGUUACAGGGAACCCGCUUAAAAUCUCCCCCCACACGGACACCGUUGACGGGGGUGAGUCCCAUCACCAGGACUCCUUGGCCGCUGGCCUCUAUCUGUCCUGUUUUCUGCUGAUCCCCGAGGAACCAAUGAAGGUUUCAGUCAUCAAGACACUACGAUGCAGACCCAAUCAGCUGUUCCCGCAGGUGAACAGUACAUCACUUCUGGUCAGGGUCCUCAAGGUGCAGAAAAUGUGGAACUGGAGGAUACCUGCUGACUUGCACAUCAAGCCUCGUGUCAAGAUCAUACGCUACAGAUUCCAAUGCAAGGAAGAGUGGAUGAACAGAGACCCCCUACACUAGCGACGAGCAUUUAUGUCCGUUCUGCCGUUUAAACACUAAGAUAAAGAGCAAGUUCACUAAUACAUCUGUCCAUGCCUACCCUGCAGUUUACUUUUGUCUUACAUUGAAGAUUUUGGGGAUUCAGAGGGGAGAUUGCUUUCUUAAGAAUGCAGAAUGGAAGGUAUUGUCAUCCUUUCUGACAAUUUUGUGCAAAAAUGUUUUUACAGUGCCUGCAGAUACUGCAUUUCUUUUGCUUUUAAAAAAAUAUUUGAGAAACAUUCAUUACUGGUGUGACCAAGAGUUAAUUGCCAAAUGAGUCAUUUUAAAAUAUGCUUUAAUUAAUCAUCUGUCUACACCCUCAACCUCCACACACAUCCUGUUCUCCAUCUCAUGAGGGCUCAGCUUUGUCAUGUUGUUGGGAUUUUAAUUCAGUGCCGUUAUUCCAUGUGGGUCUUACGAGUAGUAGCUGGUCAAAUUAGUCAGUGGGAGGGCUUGCUACAUCUCUCCCGUCCCCAGUGCCUCAAACCAAUUAGAUAUUAUCCGGUUGCUCAUACAUAGAUGGUGCCUCAAGUAAACGGCAUUGUGCCCUUAUGUCUCUGGGCCUUUGGGCUUGAUACCGGCCCGACGUGCGAGCAUCCUCCCGUAGCCUGCAGACAUGCCGAGAGGCUAAACAGGUGUGUCAACUUGUGAUGAUGUCAUUCCAGAGAGAGGCUCCAAGCUCACCUUAACUCUGAAGGGGUUGCACAGUUCUGAGAAAUGAAUGAACAAAUGACAUGAGCUUGUUACACGUGAAACCAUGGUAACAGGUUCAUUAAGGUGCAUCAAUGAAUCGCUUAACCUUUAGGUGACCUCCAUUUAUGACAACAGAAGUAGUAAUGGUGGGGUUUUUGAUCCGUAUGUCACAGAAGUAAUGUAAAAUACCAGUUACAUUACUGCUUGUUUGUGAUUUUUGGAUACAGAAUUGACUUGACACAUUUCCUCUGGAAUGACUACAAUUAAAACUUCAACCACUGUAAGGGGUCAGACAAACCCCGGCGUUAGGUGCUUUCAACUUGCGUGUUUGCCAUAUUUAUACUGUACUGCUACUUUUCAAGUGUUGUUGGCCGUUACAGCUGUACACGUUCUGUUCUUACAUGUUUGCAUGUAAUUUUCACUGAAUAA